AUGUUUUACUUCCACUGCCCCCCGCAGCUCGAGGGUGCCGCGCCCUUCGGAGCGCCUUCCACGACGGACUUCGACGACGGCUUCCUGCGGCGCAAGCAGCGGCGGAACCGGACCACGUUCACCCUGCAGCAGCUGGAAGCCCUGGAGGCCGUUUUUGCCCAGACUCACUACCCAGACGUGUUCACACGAGAAGAGCUGGCCAUGAAGAUCAACCUCACGGAAGCCCGUGUCCAGGUCUGGUUUCAGAACAGAAGGGCCAAGUGGAGAAAAACUGAGCGAGGAGCUUCUGACCAGGAAGGGCCUAAGGAGGCAAUGGCGGAGGUGACGCCCCCAGGAAGGAAUUUAAAUUCUCCCUCCCCAAUUGACCAAGCCAGGAAUAAGAAAGAGGGCCUGGAAAUUCAUCAAAGCCUCAGCAGAGCAGUUGGUCCGUCUGGCCCCUUUUUCCCCUCGUGUCUCCCUGGGACUCUGCUCAACACGGCCACCUACGCCCAGGCGUUGUCGCAAGUUGCAUCCCUCAAAGGUAGCCCGCUGUGCUCUUGUUGCGUCCCUGACCACAUGGGUCUCUCCUUCCUCCCCACAUAUGGCUGCCAGAGCAACCGCACAGCAAGUGUGGCCGCCCUGCGCAUGAAGGCCCGGGAGCACUCUGAGGCCGUGCUGCAGUCCGCUAACCUUCUGGCCUCCAGCAGCUCCAGCCCCACCCCCGCGUCGGGGGCCAAGCCUGGGCCAGAGACCGUCUUGGACAACAAGCCCCCCGUGGCUGUGGAGCAGAGCGAGAGCGAGAAAACCCCACCCGCCACAUCCUAA